AUGUCAACCGAGACGAGCUUGUUAACCAGCUCCGGGAAUAAAGAAAAUAUUUUACGAUCGCAAUUAGGUGAAAUCUCCCUCAGACUUUUGGAUUUCUCUCACAAACCCAUACCAGCACACACUUUACAUGAAAGCCUACUCGAGAAGUUUCGGGAAAAUGAUGUGAAUGUGUUAACCCACACCAAACUGGAAAUGCAUUUUCAUUCUUUACGUAAUUCUCAUAAAAUUCCGUCUGGAGUGACUGCUGUGAAUGAGAAAAAAUAUUCUCCCAACAAUCGUCUCGAAACAAAAACGAAUGUCUGGGCAUGUUUUGCAUUUCUAUCUACUUCCUAG